AACGAGACAAACUACCUCCCAAAAAAGGAUUCUGAGCAUUCCAACCUUUCCGAACAGCGGCACAUUUGUCCUGCCGGGAGGUGUAUGCAACUUUCAGAUCAUCGAACAUGGCCGUUGUUCAAUUUCUUCCCUCCUAUUUUCUCAUUUUUAUCCUCAUUUUCUGUGUUUAUACCCCGUGCAUGUCCAAUGACGGUGUGCCUCUUUAUGACUUCAAAGAGAAGUUAAACGAAUCUGCAUCCCUGGACUCAACCUGGAUAAAAGGCACUGAUCCAUGUCAUGAGGAAACGAAAUGGAAAGGUGUAGAAUGUAACUCGGAUAAUGUCAUAAACCUAUAUCUUAUGAACUAUGGUCUCUCAGGAGAUAUUGCAAUUGAUUCUUUGGUGAAUCUUAAGGGACUUAGAGUUAUCAGUUUGGAAAACAAUAGCUUCUCAGGUCCAUUGCCCUCAUUCAAUCGACUUACUGCAUUGAAGUCUCUCUAUCUUACGAACAAUGAAUUUUCUGGGGAAAUACCUUUGGAUUUCUUUUCGAAAAUGGGGUCUCUGAAGAAACUUGAGCUUGCAAGGAACAAGUUUUCAGGGAGGAUUCCUGACUCUUUGACUAAAUUGCAGAAUCUCAGGGUUCUCUUUCUGCAGCAAAAUGAAUUCACAGGGCCUAUUCCCUCAUUAGCGCAAAAGUCCCUGGAUAAAAUCGACCUGUCUAACAAUAAGCUGCAAGGGGAAAUCCCUCCAACCAUGUCAAGAUUUGGUACCAAGCCUUUUGAGGGGAAUCCCAACCUUUGUGGCACAGUUUUGUCCAAAGAAUGCAAGGCUGAUGACAAGAGUGCAAAUGAAGCACCCGCUGAGGACAAUAUCAGUGAAAACAAGGAGUCAGGGUCGGGGUCGGGUAUAAAACGGAGUAUUUCAGGUGAUCGUGGGAUUUAUCAUGGGGAGCUGAAUUGGCCUACUCGUCUGAAAAUCAUUCAAGGAGUUGCUCAAGGAAUGGGAUUCCUUCACAAUGAGUUUGCACAAUAUGAAUUGCCACACGGGAAUCUAAAGUCUAGCAAUAUUCUUCUUUCUUCAGAUUACGAGCCACUUCUCAAUGAUUACAUGCUUUAUCCAUUGAUCAGUAACACUCAAUCUGUGCAACAACUGUUUGCUUAUAAAACCCCAGAAGCCAUAUUGUAUCAACAAGUUUCUCCAAAAAGCGAUGUCUUUUGUCUUGGCGUAGUCAUUCUUGAAAUCGUUACUGGGAAAUUUCCUUCUCAGUAUCUGAACAAUCAGAAGGGUGGCACAGAUGUUAUACAAUGGACUAAAACAGCAAUUUCUGAGAACAAAGUUUCAGAAUUGAUUGAUCUAGAGAUAGCAAACACGUCAAAUUCACUUGACCAAAUGGAGAAACUCCUAUAUAUUGGAGCCGAAUGCACAGAAAGUGAUCAAGACAAGAGGAUUGUGAUGAAAGAAGCCAUAAAGAAAAUAGAGGAGGUACAAGUUUGAGCCCUAUUCUGAGUUGAUAGAUUAGGACAGUUGAGUAGAGUAACCAAUGCUGUCAGUAUUGCGAGCUUUCAGUCAUUGAAUGAAUGCCAGGGUAUGUUAAAAGAUGAGCUAGCCUACAGUGAGACUUCCAGUUUUGUCAUUUCUCUAUUUUUCCAGUCGAGCCCUGUUCUGUGCUACUAACCAAUGUCUCGUUUUCCUGAAACAUCCGCGUCAUUGCUGAUAUAAGUACAAAGCCAGAAAAACGAUAAUUUUUUCAUUGGAAAAGGAUGCUUGUGAGCGGCAUUUUUGUGUAGAAAUAUCUCUGGCGUAUCAGAUUACGAAGAGGAGACAAACAGGAGACAAGAUUGAAAGUUUUGUAUAAUCUUAAGAAAGCAUAGAAUUAGUUUACAUUUUGAAAAAUUGUUGCUUUCUUGCAAUUUCUCAGGGUUAAGGGUUCAGCUCGUUUGCCAUUUGCAGAGGUCUAGCUACUUGUUGAAAAGCAUUGGAACUAUAUUGUUUCAGGGAGUCUUGUAGCCUUGGGCUUAACUUUUAGCAACAAAAGAUGAGCACUCGCAUAACUACGAAUGAACUGUACAUAAUUUUCUUCUUCUUCUUCUUCCCAUUUUCAAUAAAUUUCUUGUCAAACCCACAAUGUAUAUGUGUGCUGUCUGAUUAAUAGAAAUUUCUUUUGAGAUGUUUUGAUUAUUUAAAAA